AUGCAAACACAAGAAUUUCAAGGGUUGUGUGAAAAUUAUAUUUCUCUUGCUGAACCACAAAGACAGAAUCAAACUACUUCUUUUGGACAUACUGACUUUUUUUUCUUUCUUUUUUUCUUGUAUUUCUUGUGGAUAUUAUGGCUAAUAACACAACAAGCUUAGGGAGUCCAUGGCCAGAAAACUUUUGGGAGGACCUUAUAAUGUCCUUCACGGUAUCCAUAGCAAUUGGGCUCAUAAUUGGAGGAUCCAUGUGGGCUCUGUUUGUUUGUCUGUCCCGAAGACGAAGAGCCAGUGCUCCCAUCUCACAAUGGAGUUCCAGCAGGCGAGCUAGGUCUUCUUACACCCAUGGCCUCAACAGAACCGGAUUUUACCGCCACAGUGGCUGCGAACGUCGAAGUAACCUCAGCCUGGCCAGUCUGACUUUCCAGCGACAAGCUUCUCUGGAUCAAAUGAAUUCCUUUCCAAGAAAAUCAAGCUUCAGAGCUUCUACUUUCCACCCCUUUCUGCAAUGUCCACCACUUCCCGUGGAAACUGACAGUCAGCUGGUGACUCUCCCUUCUUCCCGUCCUUGUCCCACUAUCAGCACUUCCCACACUCUGAGCCAUCCUGACUUCCACUGGUCCAGUCACAGUCUUCGAGGUAGCGUUUCAACACCACCCCCACCUGCCUAUGAGUCCAUCAUAAAGGCAUUCCCAGAUUCCUGAGUUGGGUGGUUUGCUUUUAGAUUUGUUUCUUUCUUUUCUUGUCUUUUAUUGAAAGGAAAUCUUAAAUAGACUAAACAGAAUUUUGAGGGUGUCAUCCAACAAGUAAUGAGUUUACCAGUUGAAAUAUGCUCAUGCAAGUUGGAUAUUUUAAUGCAAAACGCAUUUCCUUUGAGUACAUUUUAUUCUUCAUGUCUCACAAAGAAGUAAUAUUUUCCCAAAUAGUUAUAUAUUUAUGUAUUCAAUGUGAGGCUUGUAAUCUAAAAAAAGUGAAUGUAAUCUAAGAAUCAGCUAUGAGGCAGUAUAUAUAUUUUAGAUUAAAAUAAAAACUUUAGAUAUUUGUGGCUUAACAAUCCUCAUUCACUUCUCAAUGUGACU